AAUUGAGAAAAGUGCGCCAUAUCGCUGUUAAAUGUCAGCUGUAGCUUUGAAAUAUUUGCAAAUGAUUUUAUACGAAAGAUGUACAAAUAUUUGAAAAGACUUUCCUCGUGUAAAUAUAUGUUGAACGUAGAAUUCUAUAAAUUCCUAUUUGAUUUCGGAAGUGUAAAAAAUGUGUGCGGUGCAAAGCUAAAGUCGAUGUGAGAAGCCAUUAAAGCGUUUUUAUUGUGGUCUCUUAUGCACACCGUAUGUAAAAAAAUAUUACCAGUGAAAAAAAAGUAUUUUAAUGUUUACAUGCUUAUCUGAUUGAACUCAGGCAAAAACAAAGUGAAUUGUGAUUUUUUUGCUUUGAGAUUUUAUAGCAAAUUGUCUUUUUUUUUCUGUACGAACAACCUGUGAAUUUUUACAAUAUUUUUGUUGAGUGUAUUUGUGUGUGCUAUUUAAAGAGAUGUAUUAAAUAGAGUGCUCGACAUUUAUGCUGGCAUAAAAAAUAUGAAUUAUGAAUUAAGUCACUUCAAACGAGCGAGAAGUGGUUCUUAUUUAAAAUAAAUCGAUAGAAAGAGAAGAAAAAUUGUGUUUUGCCAGCAAGUGUUUUACAUAAGUGUGUGACGGUGCUCAAUCAAAACGAUGAACUCAUUGAAAAUUGCAAGCACGAAAAAGGUCGCAUCGAUGCUGAGCUAAUCAUCAUUUUUAUUUCACAUUAGAAAAACCAGUUUUCAUUAGUCUAAUGAUGGCAUUUUUAUCAUCGUUAGUUUUACGGUUUUAAUAAAUGUUCCGCAACAAUAGUGUUUGCAUGAGUGAACAAAUCAAAGAAGUGUGUUAAGAAACGUGAAAAAAAUAUUUAAAACAAAAUGAGUGAAACAAAUCCGGAAUCAUCAUCAUCUGAUGGAAUGGUGCCAAAGACUGAACGGGCACCAUCACCAGCUCCAUCCGAAAAAUCCAUUAAAAGUGAUGUGUCCACCACAUCGUCCCGGUUGCCAAAGCCAACGGGCAUGAAACCACCAUCAUCUACAGCUACAAUUCGAAAACCAUCUACCUCAUCAGCGAGUGCACAAAAUUCAACACCGGUAUCAACUAGAAUCGGUCGAUUGUGCACAUCGCACGGACACGGUGCAAAAUCCGGCCCACCUCCGUUAGAAUUACACAAAAAAGAAUCCGAAUCGUCAUCCGAUAAAAUGCGACGUCAAAGUGAUGAAUAUUCACGUUCACAUCUCGCAGAUGUGUAUGAAGAAAGUGAAGCCGAUUUGAUGUCAGAACGAAACAAUAAUAACGAUAUGUAUCGAUUUAUAAAUUCUCGAUCGCCCGAAGUUAAAGGAAUGAAAACCGAUAGAAAACUCUCAAAUGGAUCAACCAAUUCUGAUUGGUAUGUUGAAGCCACCGGUAGACGACGUAGUUCAGAUCAAGGUGUGGUGUUGACAACAGAUACCGAUCAAUUUAUAAUCGGGCAGCGCGUAUUUGUAGGCGGACAUAGACCUGGUCAAAUUGCUUUCAUCGGAGAAACACACUUUGCAGCCGGUGAUUGGGCUGGCAUUGUUUUGGAUGAUGCAAGCGGAAAAAAUGAUGGUUGUGUUUCAGGGAAAAGAUACUUUCAAUGCGAACCAAAACGCGGUAUUUUCUCCCGUCUAACACGUCUCACACUGGAACCAUUGGGUGACAUUACAAGCUAUUCGCCAACAAAUUCGAUGAAUACAAGCAUUCGAUCAAUUUCAUCACCACCACGUUCGGGAACCGUCAGUCCAACACGCAGCGUUUCCAGCUACGUUGGCAAAUCACCUGCAAAAACAAAUUUAAGCGUUGGUGAUCGUGUAAUUGUAUCAUCGGGCAUGGGAAGUCGUGCCGGAAUUCUACAAUACAUUGGAGAAACCAGAUUUGCGGCAGGAAAUUGGUGUGGGGUUCAACUCGAUGAACCGUCUGGCAAAAAUGACGGAACAGUUGACGGUGUACAGUAUUUCUCUUGUCCUUCCAACUACGGUAUUUUUGUUCCAUUGGCAAAAGUAUCAUUGUCACCAUUGUCACGCAAGUCACGUAUGUCGCGUGCCGGUUCAAAGGAAUCACUUAAUUCGAUCGGCACCAUGGGCAGUAUUACAUCAACAAAUACAUCACGCUUGCGAAUGAGCGCACAGCGUUUAUCGUCUGCAGCUAAACCUCCGGCUAGUACGCCGAAGAAUACUUUUUCACUGCAGGAUCUAUUGCGAGAAAAGCAAAAUCACAUUGAACAGCUGAUUUUAGAACGUGAUUUGACACGACAACAAACCGAAAAUGAUACGAUGGUGUUUCAAAAGGAAAUUCGUCAGCUUCGAGAACGAGUGGCUGCGUUGGAAAAACUAUUGGAGGAAGAACGUCAAAAGUCCGAAGAUCUUCAAUUCAGAAUCGAUGAAGCAACAAUUUGUGGAGGCAAUGAUACGCAGAAAGACAAAAUUCAAUCAAAAUCCAACAGUGCACAAUUUGACGAAUAUAGAGAAAAGAUCGCCGGACUGGAAAAACAACUGUUUGAAGCAAACGCCAAUAAUACGAGUGAGGAAGAAAUCAAUGCGCUUAAACUGAAAUUCGAAGAAUUAGAAAAACUGCGAAGUGAGCAUAAUCAAAAGUUACAGCAGAUCACUGAACUACAGACUCAAUGUGAUAGUUUUUCAAAAAAGUGCGAGCAGCUGAAGCAAGAUAAAGAUGAAAUCGAAAGAUCAUGUGAAAUUAAAAUCUCUAGUUUGGGUGUGAGUGAGACGUGCCUGCGUGAAGAGAUUGAUUUCUUGAGGCGACAAAAUGAUGACCUUAAGUCAGAGCUGAUUGGCAAAGAUACAGCCAAAGAAAAACAAUAUUUGGACAUGAAACAAAUCGAAAGUGAUUUAAGAGAUGAAUUAACAUCGGUGCAGAAUCAAUUGAAAGAGGCUUUGGUCAGUGGCGAAAAAGAUAUUGAAAAAUUAGUCAAUGCUAAAGAUUCAGAGAUUUUAUCUCAACGGGAAAAAAUCAAUGCGCUUGAGAGUCAAUAUGCUGAAGCGUUGAAAGAAAAGGAUCAAGCAGUAUCAAUGGAAAAAACGGCAUUAUCAUCUGCCAAUGAUAAAUAUGCCGAAGUUUUCGGCGAAUGGGAAUUGUCCAAAAAGGCAAUCGAAACUCAUUUGGCCACCAUUCAAAGUUUACAAACCGCUCUCGAAGGAAAGGUACAAAAUAUUGAACAACUAAAUGCCGAUAUUAAAUCAACUCAGGCGACUGUUGAAUCAACUAAACAGGAAAUUGUUGCCAAAGAGGAAAUAAUCGCUACAUUGCAAACAACAAACAAUGAAAAACAGACCAAACUAGAUGCGCUUCAAGAUAAACUGGACAAAACGAGUACUGAGUUGACACAAGUACGCGAAGUUCUUGUCGUUGAAAAAGAUCAGAGCAUUGAAAAACUGUCACAAGAAAUGUCCGAAUUGACACGACAGAUUAACGAAUUGACUGAAUCAAAAUCCAAUGUUGAAAAAGAAGUCGAGGCCAAAGCAAAAGAGAUUGAUUUGGCUCAGGCAAAAACCACCGAACUACAAAACACGUUGGAAAGGGAGCGCAAUCAAUCGAACGACGAAAAAUCAAAGGAAAUUGAGAACUUGAGAACAACAUUGACCACCAGUGAAAAUACUAAUAAAGAUUUAACGGAGCAAUUGACAAAACAGAAAAAUACAAUUGAAUCCGGCGAAAAGGUGAUAAAAUCUUUGAAUGAAAAAUUAUCAGAAGUGCAGACACAAUACUCGAACAAUGAGUCAACAAUUGAUGCGCUUAAUUUGGAACUCAAAAAGCAAAAUAAUCAAUUUGAAGAGUUGUCAAAGGCAAAUUCUGAUUUGAAGUCAAAAACAGUCGAAUUACAGGCGUCUUUGGACAGUUCUCUUGAAGAGAUCGACAAAAAGGAAAGGCUACUUAAAGACUUGAAGCAAAAGUGCGAUCAGCUACAGAUGCAAGUGGAACAAGGCACUACUGAUACAGAAAAGAGCAAAUCAUCAAUUGAAGAAUUAAACUCAAAAAUUCAAUCACUUUCGAGUGAACUGUCCGGACAAGUCGAGAAAUUGUCAAAGUUGGAGGUUGAAUAUGCCGAUUUGGAGCGAAAACAAACAGUAUCUGAAGAAAAAUGCGAGCAAUUAUUGAGUGAAAAAACAUCACUUCAACAAAACCUUGAAGCACUUCAAACCACAUCGUCGGAUACAAACACCGAAAUUCGCCGCUUGGUUGAUGAUCUUACAGCCAAACAAGAUGCAUAUGAAGCACUGAUUGAUUCGUCAAAUGAAAUUAAAUUAAAUCUCGAAAAAUCGUUGCAUGAGACACAACAAAACCUAGUUGCUCGCACUUCUCAAUACGAUAAACUGAAGAACGAAAUGAAUUCACUGACCGCGCAAAAGAUCGAUCGCGAAAAUGAAUUAAAUUUGGAGUUGUCGAAAAUUAAAGAGGCAUAUGAAAAUGAAGCGGAAUCAUUGAAAAACGAGAUCGAUGCCCUGAAAAUCUCAUUCAGAGAGGAAAAAGAGCGAUUGCAUAAUGAACAUCAAGAGAGUGUAACACAAUCAGAUCGUCAAAUAGCCGAACACAAGUCGACAAUUGAUAAUUUGGAAAAUACGAUGAAAAAUUUGCAAAAAGAUAUUUCCAAUACGAAUGUUGAUCUUGAGCAUAGAAUCAAUGAAUUGACGGUGGCGGCGAAUAGAGUGAACGAACUUGAAUCGUCUUUAAGCGAACAAAUCUCACAGGCCAAGCAAAUUGAAGAGAAUGCAAAACGCGUUGAAAAUUCACUAAACGAAAAAUUGGCAGCCAAAGAUCAAGAGAUUCAGUCGAUAAUGGCUCAAGUUCAAAAUCUUGAAGAAAAAUUGUCAAACGCUCAAAACGAAGCCGCUAAGGUUUCAGAUGAUAAAUCAAAUGCGGAGUCUGAACUGAAGACUCAAAUUAAAACACUCGAAGAGGCUAAUAAAUCGAUUUUGAAGGAAAAAGAAAAGGCUCUGGCUGACUACAAUGAAUUACAGUUGAAGUCCGAAGAUCUACAGUUGAAAUUUAAUAAAUUGAAUGAAAGUUUCCGCGAAACAGAAGACGAACAAGUUGAUUUGGUUGAUAAAAAUCUGGAAUAUCAAAGACAAAUCGAUGAAUUACUUGAAACAGUAAAGGUAAUGGAUGAAUUGAAACAAACGAUUCAACAGCAGGAGAGCAACUUAUCGAAUGCCACAUCACAGAUUCAAUCACUGGAAAAAGAUCUGGCCGAUAAAACAGCUUCAUUCACAAGUGAUGAUGCUACCAAAGCCGAACAAAUUAAACUAUUAGAAUCACAACUACGAGAUGCCAAUGAAAAUUUCGAAAAGUAUAAGAACGAUGCGGAACAAGCCAAGACCGAAAUUGAAAAUCUUAUCAAAACAACCGUAAACGAAUCGAAUGAAAAGGAUAAAAUCAUUAAGUCACUUGAAGAAAAAGUUAGCCAAUUGGCUCCAUCCGUGAAUUUAUCGGAUGACUUAAAGAAUGAAUUGAAAGAUAAAUCAGAAGAACUUAAGGUGAAAGAAUCCAAUAUCAACGAGCUAGUUAAAACGGUUGAUGACUUGAAGAAACAAUGCGCCGAAAAGGAUGCAAAAUUAGAAAAUGUUCUACAAGAAAAAGAUUUGGAAACGAAACGCUCUUUAGAAGAUAUACAACAAAAGACACGAGAAUUGGGUGAAGCACACAAAAAAAUUGCUGCCGCUGCUACAGUUGAAGCAGACAAUAAACAACUAAAAGAUAAAAUUGCCGAAUUAAUUGCUAAUUUGGAUCGUGUCCAAGUUGAAAAUCAACAGAAAGUUAAAGAAAUAACAGAGAACAGUUCAACACAAAAUGCAGAGUUGACCGCACUUCGAACCGAACUUCAACAAUUAGAAGAAACAAAGAAAAAAGAGAUUGAUGAAUUAACAUUGAAGCUAUGGGAUAGUGAAGCUAAAGUCCAAGAACAAUCCAAUAAUAUUGAUAAAUUGAAUGAAAGUCAAUCGAACGAUGAAGAAACAGCACGAGCCUUGAAGACACGUGAAGCUGAAUUGUUGCUGGCCAAUAAAAAAUUGGAAGGUGAAAUAAUUACAUUGAAAUCAUCAUUAAAGGAGAAGGAACGUUUACUUGCCGUCAUUGAAACGUCCACAUCACCAAAGCAACCAGAGUUUGUGACAGAUGGUGAACCAGGCGCUCAAAUUACAUUUUUGAAUUCCAUUAUUGCCGAUAUGCAACGGAAAAAUGAGGCUCUUAAAGAACAAAUUCGAUCAACCGAACUAUUUAAGAACCCAAUAUUCGAUAUUCCGGUGAAAAGAAAACCGGCGCCGCGUCUUUUCUGCGAUAUUUGCGAUGAAUUCGAUAAGCAUGAUACAGAGGACUGUCCCGUUCAAUCAUCUGAAUCUAGUCCGAUGCACACCGCAGCUGGUAACUCGAAACCAACCAAUAAUGGAGAAAUUAAUGCCGACGGAACCAAAAAACGAGUAUUGCCACCACCACGAAAGUACUGUGAAGUUUGUGAAGUAUUUGAUCACGAGGUAGGCGAGUGCGAUACCGAAGAGACGUAUUAAACUACUUCAUUACAUUGAAUACAAAAAGUUACCAAUGAUAAUUCGACCUCUCAGCGUAAUCUUUUAUAGUAUUAACGGGACGAAUGAAAUGAAAAUUAUUAAUAUAGUCUGUUUUGUUGAAGUCUUUAGUACAAUAUUUAAAUUAUUAUUUUUAGUAAAAGUUGUUUCAAAUUUGGA